UGAAGAUGGACAGCAACCCCAGAGCACAGGACAGGGACCGUUCAACGGGUACAGACCACAGUACAAUCAUAGAGGAUAAGGUAGCUGUAGUUUACUGUGGUCAAAUACGGUCAAACUCCUUGGCUCAGUGAUCUCAAUCAGCCUUGUCUGACAGCAUGCAUCGUCUGCGUGUCUCAAUGUUGGUCUGCUUCAUACUCCUGGGAUUCCUCAGUUUCACAGGAGCAGAAGAGACGGAGACUGCCACAAAGGAAGGCAAAGGCAGGGAAAAACGUGAAAUGCCCAACUGGGCCCUGUGGUCAUCAGACUUCACAGGCUGGUUGCAGGAGCUGACUGCCCAGGCUGGUUACGACCGGAUCCAGGACCUGGCCAGAACCUACUGGGCCCACUUCCCUAUUGCCAGUUACCUAGGUUACGACAGCCCCGACCAAGACACAGAAGAAUCUAAGGGGGUACCGGAAUGAAGUUUGGGUCAAAUGAAAUCUUUGGAGAAGUUUUAAAAUCACUGCCUUUUAUCUAUUGUCUGACUAUUGCAUUGAUCAAACUAUACCCUGAACAUGGUUAGUAGCAGACAGGCAUGCAUGCACGCACACACAGUUGAUGCUAUAAAUCUCCUUUAAACAAA